AUGGCUUAAGCCUCACCACCAAUAGACAUUUAUUUAUUUGUUUUUAUACUUCGUGUUGGCACAGUAUAACAUUAUACUGCGGCGGUGGUGCUCUCACAAGCUCUCGAAAUGGCGUGAUCUUGACAUUAGAACAUUGUCAAUUGUUCAGCAAGUUUCGCUUGGAACAUGCACGAACAUGCCCUUUGACUACUCUUUGACGUCAUUGACUACACAUUCGAAUCAUUGUCGUGGUUUGUUGUCCUGUAAGGAAUAUGUGAAGCAACUUGAAUAGACAGUGAGUUGAUAUGUGAAUCACAUGGGAAUUGGCGUAUAACAAUCACAAGCCGAUUUCAGCACUUUAUUUUUGUGAACAUAGUUUCAUCGAUGGAGAAUCAAGAAAUGUUAUUCAUGAGAAACGGAAAUGAUGAAGACAACGGCAGUGAUCAAGAUGAUGUUUGGGAUGAUUCAGCCCUAAUUAAGGCUUAUGAUGUUGCAGUGAAGGCAGUUAAAGAUAAAAUAGCUCAACGGUUGGAAUACAAUGAUGCUGAUGGCAGAGACAAAGCUAGUAGAAAGUUUCCAAAGAAGAAUGGAGGCUUAAAAAAUAAAAAAUUGGAGGGAGAUGCAGAAGCUGGUAAUUUGCAUAAAAGUAUUCAUCAAUCAAGAUAUCUGUUGGGUAAAGAGAACAUUCAGAAGAGGACUCCGGAAUCCAAAAAACCUUAUGCUAAAGAAUGUAUUACAAAUUUUGGAUCACAGUUUCCUCCUUUGCACCAUUCACCUUAUUUUGGACGUGCGUCGUCUUCAAGCAUGACUGCUCCUCCACAUGUGAUGCCAACUACUCUUCCUCCACCUCCUCCACUUUCUGUUACCUCUAGCUUACCAUUAGGAGACUCAGAAGCACUCUCUGCUAUGUUAAUGUCGUGGUACAUGAGUGGCUUCCAUACAGGAUAUUACCAAGGCCUUCAACAAGCAAAAUAUAUGAAUGGUGUUGCAAAACAAGCUCCUUGAGAAUCUCAGUAGUAUGGACUCUUUGUUUGUAAAUAUUUUAAUAUUAAUAUUGAAAAUUGAAAUUGAUGAUUUCCCAAGGUUAUAAAUGUGAUACAAUAUCAAAAAGUGUUUAAAGUAUGUUGGGAAUGGCGUUUCUGGGCUUAACAGAGACCUUUCUUGGUUUCUUUAAUGAAGUUCUUGACGUUAUUACAUAAAAAUAAACAAGUCAAAUUUCACAACUGAAUGAACGUAUUUUUAAUAAUAUAGUGUAAAUAAAAGAUGAAUUAAUAUUGUUGGUAAAUUCAUGCUCCACGAAUGCAUAUUCCCUAUCAUUGAUUGUUACCUGUCAUUGUAAUUAAUUUCUGUCAACUCUUUUUCAUGUUACAUUUUCUUAUUUCUGGAAAGUGAAAUGGUAAGUUUUAAAAUUGCAUGCUGGAACAAGAAGUAAAGUCCUGGUAACUUCAAACUGCAAAAAUCCUCAUUUUUUGAUAAAUUAAUAUAUCUGAAAAUGCAGAGUAACUCUGUAUUUAUUAUUCCAGAAGUUUUUUUUUUCACAAGACUUGAGACAAAGAGAGUCAUAUUCAUAUAUUUCUAUCAUUCCUUUUGGGUAUUAUUUAAUUAAGAUAUUAACUAUGUUUAAUAUACUGAUAGUAUUAGUAAUUCAAAUCGUAUGAAGUGGUGGGUGAAAGGUAUAUCUUCUUUGUCAAAAUUAGUUUUAUCUUCAAACAUGGACUUCUGCUACAUGAAUACAGUGGAAUCUCGUUAUCAUGUUCCACAUUUUCCCACAUAGCACAUAGUGUUUUAAAGUCCCAGACAAUAUCCUCAAAUUUCUGAUUGAGACAUUUAACAACUUGCCUAGCAUGUUUAAAUGUUUGUUUGUAAUAUGUUCUGAUUCAUGUUUUUUCCAGUGCCUUGUGUGGUUUUCAGGUUUUUGAGGUUAUCAGAUGGAGAUGAGAGAUAGUGUAUUUUCAAUCGAUUUGAUUACAAAUUCAGGGUUAGAAAAACGUCUUCUUAUUUGCCUUUGCCAUCUUCAUUCUUUGUGUUAUGUUGGUUUACUUACCCUGCAUUUCUUUGAAUUUCAUAGACUAACGAAGCUAGGUUUUAUUUUUUCUGUUAAUUUACAGUGUUUUGUUGAUUAUUCAUAGUUCUAUUACAGAAGUUUAUGGGCUACUAAUGAGUAACCCACAUUCUCAUACUUAUGCACUGAUCACUUACAAGUAACUGUAGUUUAAUUCUGUGUUAUAAUGUCCUGACUGAGAAAAUGUGGAAAAACAAUUGGAGCAUUUCGCAAUAACCUGUUUUCCUGCCUACACUAUUCAAAAUGUUUGAUCCGAUGAACAACCUACUAAAGAUUCCACUGUAUUAAAUAAGUGAAUUCAACUUUGGAAGAAAUUUAUUGAUAAACAAUUAAAAUGUUUUUUUAUCUUUCACUUUGUUUAAACCAUUUUAGAAAAGACUAUUAGUUUCAUACAUUUAAAUUAGAUGUAAAAGUAACUUUUAUAUACUAUCAGUUUAUGCUAUUUUAAGAGAGAAAUUCGUGAUCUACUGAGAGGUUUUCUAGUAACGAAAUAAUCACUGUAGGAUUGUUCAUAUCACAGUUGGGUAUGUUCAAACUUUUGUUCAUAUUGUAGUUUGCCUCUGAUCUCAGCAGUACCCAUAAUUCUUCUGUUUCAUUCUAAUUUUCUAUAUCUUUGUGUUACAAAGCCAAAUUAUUUGAAAUAUAACUGGAAACUUACAAGCAUUUGCAACAAUUUAUAACUAAAUAAUAAGAGAGUUUUAUUAAUAAAUAACUAUACUGAACCAAAUUCUUUUUGCCACUUUCUAUAUUUUAUUUCAACAUGUGCAGCUGAUGGUUUUGUUCUUUUCAAUGCUUGUUCAACAUCAUCUGUAAUAAUUUUCUUCAGUUCUAAUUUCGGGAAGCUGGCCUCUGAAAAUGUAAGAAUAAAUACUAAUUAGCAGUAUAUACAUAUGCUCUUGCAAAUAUGGUCGGGUAAGUACCAUACAUCAGUGUAGUUUAUAACUUGUUUCUAUACUCCAUGGUGAUAGAGUUAGGUAAAUGUUGCAGGAAAAACUGCUUGUAUUUUAACACAAAAGCUUGUUUUGUGUACCUCUGAUACCAAAAAAGUGUUAUUUGUGUCUUUUUCUUUUAUUACUUUCUCGUAAACAUAGUGUUGUCAAAUUUCACAUUUUGGGGGUUUUGAUAACAAACUAAUGUUGCCACAACGGCAUAUGCUUUCUUGCAUUAUUUCUAAAUUUGCAAUUUAGCAAAUUGAGAGAGUUCAAUAAAAAUGAAUGUGCCAU